CCGCCGCCCGAGGGGAGGAGCCCCGGCAGCUGCUGCUCCGGAGCGGGCGCUGCUUGGGCACCGCGUGGGACAUGGACGCCGCGGGCAUCACUGUGAAGCUGAUCCUGAUCGGAGACAGCGCCGUGGGGAAGUCCAGCCUCCUGCUGAGGUUCGCUGAGGGCACCUUCGAGCCGAGCCUGAAACCGACCAUCUGUGUUGAUUUUAAAGUGAAGAAGAUGGUGGUAGACGGCCACGUGGUGCAGCUUGCAAUAUGGGACACAGUGGGACAAGAGCGCUUCAGAUCACUGAAUCCCAGUUAUUACCGAGGAACUCAAGGGAUUGUUUUAGUGUAUGAUGUUACAAGAAAAGACACUUUCACGGGACUAGAGAGCUGGCUGAACGAGCUGGAAAUCUAUACCACCGAAAGCGACACUGUGAAGAUGUUAGUUGGCAAUAAAACUGAUAAGGUGGUGGGGAAGGACUCAGCUCUUAGCUUCAGAUGGCUAUGGAUCACACAUCUGUGUGGGGGUGCUGGCCUUAAACUGGCAGAUAUAGCUGACUUUAGUCCUGUUCUUCAUUCAUCCCUGCAGCCUGAUCGAGAAGUAGAGAGAAGAGAGGGACUUCAGUUUGCUAAGAAACGCUCGCUGCUUUUUAUAGAGACCAGUGCCAAAACAGAGGAUGGAGUGCAACAUGCCUUUGAGGAACUAGUGUUAAAGAUCCUGCAGACACCAAAUCUUCUGGAUAAAAGCACAAAGAAGCAGGGAGUCCAGCUAAAGGAACAGUCACAGCGGGAGAAAGGCUUGUGUGCUGCAUUCUGUCCACUUUCUUAAAUCUGCAGGUGCCUGUUCUGUCCAAACUGAGUGGAAUUCAGAAGGAUGCACUAAGGGAUUUCAGGAGCUAGUCCGUGCCUUGUUUGACCUGCCAUGAUAGUGUAGAUUUGAAAAUCAAACUGAUGAACAAAAGACACUUUUAUGCAUGAGCAAAGCACAAUUUCUUUCUGUUACGCACAGCUGAUAUCUCCAGAUAUCAACUCAAUGCUUUUUCUGAUCACUCAGGUUAGUUACUAGUAAAUCAUGCUGCUUCUUACAAUAUGCUUUUGGCAUUCAACAUGUACUUUUUUCUAAAACUCCUGCCUUGGCAUAGAAGUAAGUGUAUUCCAUUUUGGAAUAUUGCUGUAAAGCUUCUCUUCCCCCAGAGGGGCACUGGGGGUCUGUCAGGCAGCCAGCUUCCCUUGAAUGCAGUUACUGCUCAGAGUCACCCUACACAGUGACACUACCACUCUAUUUCAGAUGGUUGUAAGCAGACAGAAUGGCUGCGUGUCCCCACACAGCGAGCUGAGUUGCUACUACAUUUUAGGGUUGUAGUGAAUGGUCGUGUUCAGUAACAUUCUGUGCACUGUAGGUUGUCCCUUGCUGCUCUUAACUGCUUUGUGCUGAGGAGCAGUGGUGCUUUGGAGUCAUCAUUUUGGGCCAGCUGACAGUGUGGGUACCUCCUGCAGUUAGCAGAAUUCCCUGCAAACCUGUGUUACUGCCCUCAUUCAGCAAUUGCAGGGCUAAAGGUAGAUUCAGUAUAAAACGUGCUGGUGAUAGGAGGUUGUGCACCAACAAGAGUAUGUCCACUGCCAAUCCCAUUGCGAAGUUCUACCAGAUAGCUGCCUCUUUUUACCUUCUCUCUGCUCCAAAACUCACUGCCUCUUCUUGAAAACAAGCUUUGAGUUAUGGAAGAUGCUAGCCUGGAUUCUGGCCUUGGCAGCAAUAGUGCUAGGAAAGCUUUGUUGGGAGCCUGCAACACUGCAAAAGUACUAAAAACUUAGGGACGUGAAAAGUGUUUGAAAUGAAAGCUGGAGUGGUUGGAAAUUAAUGACAAAUCCAAAGAUAUUCUGUCAUUACAGGACGUUGUCACGGUGGAACAGAAAGGUUUGCCUUUCUUAGGAUGCGUAUUUUGAUUUGUUGCUAUCAAGUUAAGUUAAUUUAAAUUAUUAGCAUGGGGCUUUCCUGAGGGGACCCCAGGGAUUUGUCAUUAAUGCUGCUGUACCACAGCUGAACACAAGGUGUGUGAACUUCAGCUUUCCUCUGCAACUAUUGCAGCUUGUUCUCUACCAAAUGCUCUGUGGAGCUGUUUUCAUCUGUGAGAAGCACGCACGUGAAAUUGUCACCAGAGUAAGAGAAUAAAGUGCCUUUAUGGAGUUUUUA